AUGUCUCUAAAUUACAUCAAAAACUUCUAUGAAGGAUGUGUGAAGCCUCCAACUGUGAUUGGUCAAUUCCACACCCUUUUCUUUGGAUCCAUCCGAAUGUUCUUUCUUGGGGUGUUAGGCUUUGCAGUCUAUGGGAAUGAGGCUUUGCACUUCAGCUGUGAUCCAGACAGGAGAGAAAUAAACCUCUUCUGUUACAAUCAGUUCAGGCCAAUCACUCCACAAGUAUUUUGGGCACUACAAUUAGUGAUUGUCUUGGUUCCUGGUGCUACUUUCCAUCUUUAUGCUGCAUUUAAAAGCAUCAGUCAAGAAUGCAUUCUUCAAAAGCCCAUCUACACUGUGGUUUAUAUCGUCUCUGUUUUAGUAAGAAUCAGUCUAGAGGUGAUAUCAUUUUGGCUUCAGAUUCACCUCUUUGGUUUCCAAGUAACGCCUCUCUACCUGUGUGAUGCUGGAUCUCUGGGGGGGAAGUUUACUAUUAUAAAAUGCAUGGUGCCAGAUCACUUUGAGAAGACCAUCUUUCUCAUUGCAAUGUACACAUUUACUGUAAUUACCAUGGUAUUAUGUGUUGCUGAGGUUUUUGAGAUCAUUUUUAGAAGACUAUGCUUUCUAAUUAAGCAGUGA